AUGGGGGUUUGUUUAGUCCACCGAUCAAUCGUCGUUGCUGACGCCGUGUCAGCGACGUCGAAGAGCUCGACGCACACCGCUCUGUCAACACCUGCACUCAAGCAAACACCACGUGCUUCCUUUGAAGAUCCACUGUCGUCCUUUAACUGUGAUGCACCGUUUUCUGGCUACGACUGCCAUGCCUGGUCAGACCUGCAGCAGCAGAAUAAACAGUCCGUGCAGGACGGAGUAGAUGGUGUGUCAUGCGCACAGAAAUCCUCCUCCAUCGCUACUCUUCAGCGCGUUAGUCUUGAGCGACUGUCCAUGUCUGCAGAGGUGUCCUUGCUCGAUGACCUCCUGCUGAUGAAAAAAGAUGAUGAGGUGGCAUCUGGGGCGGGAGCGGCAGGGAAUGGGUUUUGCCUUGGGAGCAGAAGACGACAGCUGAGCAGGAUCAUGAGCGAUGUCUACUCGAAGCUCAACACCGUCACGCCUCGUCAUGAGGGCGAAGCCACUGAGGACUAUCUCAAGCGCAUCUUUUCCGUAGUCGACUCAGAGAGCAGGGGGAAAGUGUCGAGCAUUCAGCUAGCGAACAUGCUCUUCAACGAUGCGAGCCGCGCCUCUACCGCGAUGAUGAUGGCCGCGGCCGAUCACGAAAAGGACGGUUACCUUAGCGAAAGCGAGUUCGUCUCCUUACUCCACGCUGAAAGUGGGGUGGACCUCUUGCGGGCGGAUUGCGAUGAAUCAAAGCUGACCAAGCUGAGCUCCAGCAGCGAGAGCGACGACGCUGUUCUUGGCUCUCUCGCUAGUCUCACCACUCAGGAAAAAUCACCGAAAGACGCUCAUCUCUUGAAGACCCUCAGCAAAAUUCGUAUGCGUGGCGUCGAGGUGACGAAUCUGUGUAGCCAGUCGAGCAGGACCAAGUGCAUCGCUAUCUCACCCGAUGGCAACCUGUACGCUGUGGCGCACCGACACGACAAUGUCGCGCAUGUGUACAUGAUCAGCAACGGCGCCGAGGUGCGUCGGCUUGUGGGUCAUCAAGGGUCGCUACUAGGCAUUCUCUUCUCUCCCGAUCGAAAGCACGUUGUGACGGCAGCGCGCGACAACUUCAUGGUCUUUUGGGAUCACACGAUCGGACUGGAGUGCCGCUUCUCCGAGCACCCGGGAAUUGUCACGGCAGUUGCGGUGAGCUUCGACGGCAAGUUUGUCUUCAGCGGGUGUCAGGAUAACCUUGUUCGGAAAUUCACUGCCUCCAAAGUCAAGAUACGCGCAGUGUUGCCAGACAUCCCGUGUGAAACUCACGGCGUCAUUGUAGCGCUCGCGACGCAGAGCACCAAGAACGACCUCAUUGCCUUCUCACGUAGUUGCGACAAGUGCGCGUACAUCGCCAACGCCUACGAUCUGCAACUCUUUGGGCAGCUUAGCGGGCAUGAUUCGCUGGUGUGGAAAGCCUCCUUCAAUGCGGAUGAUAGCCUGCUAUUCACAUGCUGCGAGCGGAAGAUCAUUGUGUGGGAUGGGACGUACUUCUCUUCCAUCAGAAUAUUCAUUAGCUCAGCGGUCUCGACCCCAGGGUCGUCUGCGGAUGACGUGUUGUGGACAACGGCUGUGUUCGCUUCACGAGAACACUGUGGCUUACUCUUCUGUUUCAAAUCCCUCGGUCAGAUGCAAGUGCUGAACUGCGAUGCUGCGUACACGAAGGAAAGCAUCAUUGAUAUCCAGAUGCGCUCCAGAGUGUACACAGCGUCAAUCUUCGUAGGCGACACAAUGGUGUGUGGAGACGACUACGGCAACGUAUACCGCGUCCGUAUAACGUAA